AACCACUCGCUAAGCCUGUCCGACAUGAUCUGCUGCGGCCUCAGCGGGCCCCAAGCAGGAGGCGUCCUGCCCCUCCCUGAAGUGAACACCGAGUGCAACGGGGGCUCACCGACGCCUCUGGCGAGCCUAGCGAACACGAACACGGAGAACGCGCAGCUCUUCCGCGUCACGUAUACGAGCGCGAGCUUUGGCUCCAAUACGGUGGGCAACUUCAUACCUACAAACACGCCGAACUGCUUCUGGGCAUACACAUCUGGUGCCCCGACAGUAGAGAUCACGCUGCCGACGCCGGAUAUUACAACUCUAGCGCCUGAAUCCACGAACGCGUUUGGGGAGCCUAUCACGUCUACGAGACGUACUUCGAAGUCGAGUGCAUCGGAGACCGCGAGCGCGAGUUCGGGAUCGAUCACAGCGGCACCAAGCACCACGGUACUAUCCGGCACAGCGGCGGCGGAAAGCAGCAGCGCAGCGUCGUCCUCUCCCGCAGCGACAACAUCCGGUGCCGGCUCGGCCUACUCCGGCGUCCAGAAGGGAUACGUAUUCGUUGGUUUAGGUCUCGCGACCCUGAGCUUCCUCUGGAGCUAACCUCACUUCGAUUCUAAGCAUAAGCAAUAAAGGCGUUUAAGAGAUUAAAGAAAAUUGUACAAACGGGCUAUGAAAAUCAUAAUACAUAUAUAUAAUAAUAGCAUAUAGAUACCACCAAUAUCGCAAAGAUAUAUCCUACGCCGUUAGAAACUGGC